GUACGAAAAGGCGGCGCGCGGGCCGCAGCGGCAGCUCCUCGGCGACCCGCACUUACCAGUGUGCGCCCCGGUGCCACCCUGGCUUUCCCUCCUCUGGACGCCGGCGCCCACUUCAUCGUCCGCAACCAGAAGCCCAGUGCAGCCCCCGGAGCCCCCUCUGCACCACCGCCGCUCCCCGGACCACGACCCAGGCCGCCCCGAGAUGACCGCGACCGGAGCCCUCCUGCCCGUCCUCUUGCUCCUGCUGGCUUUCGGCCACAGCACCUAUGGGGCUGAAUGCGACCCAGCCUGCGACCCCAAACAUGGAUUCUGCGAGGAUGACAAUGUUUGCAGGUGCGAGAUGGGCUGGGAAGGCCCCCUGUGUGACAAGUGCGUCACCGCCCCUGGCUGCGUCAAUGGACUCUGUGACGAACCAUGGCAGUGUUUCUGCAAGGAUGGCUGGGAAGGGAAAUUCUGCAACAUAGACAUGCGGGCUUGCACCUCAACCCCCUGUGCCAACAAUGGAACCUGCGUGGACCUCGAGAAGGGCCAGUACGAGUGCUCCUGUGCCCCUGGCUUCUCUGGAAAGGACUGCCAGAACAAGGAUGGGCCCUGCGUGAUCAAUGGUUCUCCCUGCCAGAACGGAGGGGCCUGUGUGGAUGAUGAGGGCCAGGCCUCUUAUGCUUCCUGCCUGUGCCCCCCUGGCUUCUCCGGCAACUUCUGCGAGAUCGUUAACAACACCUGCACCCCUAACCCAUGCGAGAACGAUGGCGUCUGCACCGAAAUCGGGGGCGACUUCCGUUGCCGCUGCCCAGCUGGAUUCGUCGACAAGACCUGCAGCCGCCCGGUGAGCAACUGCGCCAGUGGCCCGUGCCAGAACGGGGGCACCUGCCUCCAGCACACCCAGGUGAGCUACGAGUGUCUGUGCAAGCCCCGGUUCAUGGGUCCCACGUGCGCGAAGAAGCGCGGGGCCAGCCCUGUGCAGGUCACCCACCUGCCUAGCAGCUACGGGCUCACCUACCGGGUAACCCCUGGGGUGCACGAGCUGCCAAUUCAGCAGCCCGAGCACCACAUCCUGAAGGUGUCCAUGAAAGAGCUCAACAAGAGUACCCCUCUCCUCACCGAGGGACAGGCCAUCUGCUUCACCAUCCUGGGUGUGCUCACCAGCCUGGUGGUGCUGGGCACCGUGGUCAUCGUCUUCCUCAACAAGUGCGAGACCUGGGUGACCAACCUGCGCUACAGUCACUUGCUGCGCAAGAAGAAGAACCUGCUGCUGCAGUACAACAGCGGAGAGGAGCUGGCGGUCAACAUCAUCCUACCCGAGAAGAUCGACAUGACCACCUUCGACAAGGAGGCUGGAGACGAGGAGAUCUAAGCAACGUCCCCCUAGGUCCCUCCAUAGUAUCGGGGUUCCGCAGCGCUUGCUAUAUGCGGUCUGUGCUUCUCUUUGUGGCAGAGCUUGCUCUCUUUUGUGUGAAAUCUAGUGAGCGCUAUGCUUACAUGUGUUGUCUUUGCAUUGCUGUGUGACGUGCUGCCAUGCUAUCUAAGAACCCCGUUCCUCCCUCUCAAUGCAUGCUAAUGAAUAAUAAUAAUAAGAAUUUCAUCUCUAAAUGAGUUUAAGAAAUAAGUAUGUUAUUCUAAACUCUUAACUAUCAAAUAUAUCACAUAUAAAAUCAAAAAAGACCAAAAAAAAACAUGGUAACAGAACCAGGACUUGGUGCUGAGGGCCCUCUCCUGGGGGGCUUUCGGCCACCAGGUCCUCGUGCAACCACACACGAAUGCUGUGCUUGACCACUCACUGUGAAAAGGGCUACACUCUUUCGUUCGUUAAUUCUCACACACCACUUCGACUCGCACUCACAUCCAGUCUCACACCGCAACCCUUAGAUCUUUCCAAUUGACUUGUGACUUUGCAGUGUGUAGUGGCUGUGUGUCAGGCAAAGAGAGCCCCCAGGUUGGCUGCUGGCAGACAGGUCAGGACCCAGUCCCAGCCCUGCCGCUCACUCGCUGUGUGACCCUUGGCGAGACCUCCAUUCCCAACCCUGGGCCACCUCCCCACCCCUCUCUUGAGGGAGGUGUGGAAAUAUCCAAACCACCAAGGUCCUCUCUAGCCCCCAAAUUCAGAAUUAGGAACGAGGGAUAUAUACCAAAACACUUCCUGACUCCAAGAAUAGGAUCUGAUGGAGACUUGGUCUCAUCCUGGGAUCCGAAAGGUUUUGGCCUAUCCUGGCUGUACACUUGAUAUUGAAGUCGAUCCCAACAGCGUUUCUCAAAGUGGGGAGCCUCCUGGCUCCUGUCCAGUUUGGGAAAAACUGGCCCCUUGAGGGCAAAAUGUGCCAUUUGGAGUUGUCUCUUGAGCAACCCACUCCCCACCCCAGCUCAGCCCUGCCCCAGCCCCAUGCCCCCCAGACUCCACCCCACACUUGCCCCUGUAGAAUAGAGAUGAUAUGCUUUCAGACGUAAGUGUACCUUGAACCACAAGUGCCCCCUGGCAAAGUCUGAGUGAGCAACACAGCCCUCUCCAAGGUUUUCACAGGCUUUAAUGGAAAUUGCUGCUUGUGGGGCGUUUUUCUUGUCCUAUGGCGAAAGUGUGAUAGCCUCUGUCCACAGCCAUAGAUGUACCUUUGUGUUGCUGAGUCUAUGACCCUCAGAUCCCAAAAGACCUAGCCAGCUUCUGAAUUUAAUUUUUUUAGAGAGCAUCUAUCUUUUUUUUGCAAAAUAAAAACACAAAAAACAAACAAACAAAAAAAAAACAACAACAACAAAAAAAAAAGUAGAAAGAAAUGGGAUAGAGUCCUGUGUAGCUUCUCAGCUCUGGUUGGAGUCUGGUUGCUACACAGCCCUUGGGUCCCAGCUAGGAAUCCUUUGCUUCUUAGGUUACCUGGAUAGGAGUCUAUGCUCUUAGCUUUAAAUGUGAGCCGUGUUCACCCUGCUCUGAGUACUUGCUUGCAAGUCAUUGUCACCAUUAUCCACUGUCAUUCAAAUCAUGAUCACAGCACACACUCACAACUUCAUGGUCAUCACUCAUUGGUCAUGUGCGCCACCGUUGUCACACAUUAUCGACCUUAUCACCCCUCCAACCUCUACCCUGGGAUCAUUUCGUUCACAGCCCUGACUCAAAGAAAUCUCUUCCCACCCAUUGGUCACGGAUCAUCAUCAGCCUAUGUUUCUCCCAGUCACACUCUGAGACUCCUUCCCAUUUUGCCCCACCCUCAUCCUGAUGAGAGUGUCUCAGCUCCCUCCAUCAAGUCAUCAUCCCAUCUCAUUUUAAGUUAAUUUUAAGAAAUAAAAAUUUAAAAAAGAUUUAAAAAAAAAAAAAAAGUAACAACAAUUAUCGACAAUUGCCAGGCUGGUGUCUCGUAUGCCCCCUGGCCUCUUUCGCCUGGAGACCUUGACAGAGUCUGCUAACGAUUCUGUUCCUCAAUUUCUCCAAUGUGAGAUUCUACAAUUGGACAAAAAAAAAAAAAAAAAAAAAA